AUGACCUACAGCACGUUUGAAGUCUCACUAAACACAAUCCCUAUUGAUUACGCUCCUCCUCCUUUUCCUUCGCUCUAUUUACCUGUCAACAGUGUCCGUUACAAUGGUGCUUUAUUAUUUUACCAUUAUGAUGUUUGGCGUUUUACAGUCUAUUGGACCCUUAUUUUCUUUGCUGCAUUCCAUGGAGCUGCUGCAUUGUGGGCUUGUCUUAUGCACCGACGUCCAGCAGGCUUUAUAUGGAUCUUGCUUGUUUAUGUGUGUUUUGGAGGUAUCCAGGCUUUUAUCUCAGGUAGCAUUGUAGGGUUAUUUGUGUCUGGGUUGUAUCGUGCAGGCACAUUUGGUAUGACCACUUGGGUUCCGUUUGUAUGGGGGGCCACGCAGAUUUUGUUUCAAGUCAUUGGGUCUUAUAGUAUGAUGUCGACUCUGCUGUGA